AUGCGCUCCUCUACCAUCUCCGACUCACCAGAGCUCGAGAGCAACAAGCCAAACGAGAACAAUGACCGUGUCUCCCCUAAUGGAGGAGCAAGAGCCUGGGCUUGUGUGGCUGGCUCGUUCUUGUUGCAGUUUUGCUCCGUUGGUUACGUCAACGCAUGCGGCAUGUUUCAGUUGUACUACUCGGAAGUCAUGUUCAAGGACCAGUCGUCAUCAGCCUUGGCUUGGAUGACCACUCUCCAGAUUUUCAUGCUCUUCAUGUUCGGCCCCGCUGUUGGCAAGAUGAUCGACGUCUAUGGCUGCCGCAAGACACUACUGCCCUUCAGUAUCGUGGCUGUUUUCUCCGUCUGCAUGCUGAGCCUUUGCACAAAGUACUGGCAAGUUAUGCUUACCCAGGGUGUCACCUUUGCCACUCAAUGGUUCUCGACAAAGAAGGGCUUGGCUGUCGGUAUUGUUUCCGCUGGGAGCAGAGGCGUGAUAUACCCCUGCAUGAUCCCUCGACUCAUUGAAGAAGUCGGCUUUGCGACUGCCAUUCGUUGGACUGCCUUCUUGCAAGGAAUCCUCUUAGUCACCGCCAAUGCUCUCUGCACUUCCCCUUUCCCACCUCUCGGCAUAGUCUCGCGACCAGCCAAGAAAGAGAAAGAGAACGUUCCCAACGGUCGAAUCAACGGAUUCAAGAGAGGACCUUGGGUGUUCUUCAUCCUAGGCUGUUUCUUCACCAUGUGGGGUCUCUUCGCACCCCUGAACUACCUCCCGGAGAUGGCCUCACUUCAUGGAUACAAAGGCUUCGCUGUCUAUACCUUGGCCAUUGCCAACGCCGGUUCACUAUAUGGCCGAGUCAUGCCUGGUUGGAUCAGUGACAAGAUCAGUAGAGAUAUCGGACACUUCAACACCAUGGUCAUGGUGACUGGUUUCUCUGGAGCUCUCGUCCUGGCUUUUUGGCUUCCCCUCGAGCUUCACACCUCUAAAGGUGGUAUCAUCGUCUUCGCCCUGCUCUUUGGGUUCGCCAGUGACGGUUUCGUCAGUCUGGGCCCUCCAUGCGUUGUUUCCAUUGCCGAAGACCGGGUUGAUGAGAUCGGGUUCAAGCUGGGAGGCUUUUGUCUGGCCAUUGCCCUGGGCGCUCUGACUGGGCUUCCCAUCGAAGGGGCCAUCAAAGACCGGGAAGGGGACAGGUUUACUGGGUUGAUGUGCUUUGCGGGUGCGUCUAUGCUUCUCGGAAGCUUCUGUAUGGCGACCGCUCGAGUGUUCAAGGGUGGCGCUCAACUCUGCAAGAAGAUCUAG